AUGGCAGAACUUGUAGAAGUACUUUUCACCACUGACUCAAAUGAAUCACAAUCUUCGAUUACAGCAUGGGACUACAAAACGGGUACAAACUUAAUGGUGUACAAAGCUGGUGGUGUGAUACAACCACGCGCAAUAUCCUUACUGGAUUACCACUAUAUACUAGCAGCUAAUAGUACUAAACCUAUACUCCAUGUAUGGCCAGUGAACUCACAACAACAAGUUACCUCCGUGCGUUUCGUGCUGCCUGGUCGUGCUAAUUCAAUUUCACUUUCACCCGAUAAACUUUACCUUGUGGCUGCAAUACAAGAGAACAUUUAUAUUUGGCAUUUACCAUCUGGUAAAAUGCUAAACACAAUCUCUAAACAUUUCCAGCCCAUUAACUGUAUACGUUUCGAUGAAGACUCACAUUUUGCCUCAGCUGGUCAAGAUGGUAGUGUAAUGUUAUGGAAUCUGACGACUGUGUGUGCUCGGGAUGACGACAAUCAAACACCAGUGUACACCUUCACCGACCACGGACUGCCAGUAACAGAUGUGCAUAUAGGUUUGGGUGGUAUUCGUGGACAUAUGAUAACCGUGUCACUGGAUCGCACUUGCAAAAUUUAUGAUUUGUUUGUUGGGGCGCUGCUCUUAAACGUGGUAUUUGCUGAAUCAUUACACAGCGUUACCACAAAUACUUUAGAAACAGCGGUGUACGUUGGCACGGGCGAUGGUAAUAUUUAUCAAUUUAACACUGAUGCUGUGGCCGGGAACAAGGAAGUACACGUUGAAAAGGAGCACUCUAAUCUUUUUAAAGGUCAUAAAGAGGGUAGUCCAGUUACUUGCUUGGCCUUAUCAUUUGAUGGCAAAACUCUAGUCUCUGGUGGACAAGACGAACAAGUAUGCAUUUGGGACGUUGCCAGUAAACAGCUUAUAAAGCGUAUGCAGCACAAAGGACCUGUAACAAAUGUAAAACUACGACUUUCCAACCCAGAUAUAUUUAAACCAGAAAAUAAACAACCCAAGAAGUUUAGUGGAAAUCUGCGGCGCAUGUUGGACCCACCAGAGGUUGAUGAUGACGAGCCCAUAGAAGUUUUAAUCACUGAAGCAGAUGCCGACACUGAUUACAAAUGGUGGCCUACACCAGAAUAUCCUUUCGAUUAUCAAGACGAGUCGUCGACGUCUAAAGCAGCAAGUAAUAACACUCCGACUGCUAAGACGACAGAUGAGGAUGCGGCGAAAGAGAUAGAGAAAUUACGAGCCGAAGUACAACAUCUGAAACUUGUUAAUAAACAACUAUUCGAAGUAUCCGCAAAACAAUUGUUAGAAUCGAAAAAAUAA